AUGCAGGACAUGGUCACGCGGACCUUGCAAUCGCAGGGUCUCUACCGCUUCGACCCGAACCAGUUCUCGUACGGGUUGUGGAACGAAGCUAACCGACAGUACUGGUGGCUGCGUCAACAGGAGGAGUGGUACAAACAACAACAGGCAAUGCAGGAAUUGACCGACGACGACUUCUCCGACGACGAAGAUGGCGCCGUUCUUAAAGGGAACAAGCAAUCUGGGAAAUCCUCCGAAUCUUACCGGGUUCUGGAGAGCUUCUAA